AUGGCGAAACUACGGAAAAGUCCAAGCUUAGGUUCAUCAAAGUUGAGAUCUACAGGAACUUCGCCAGUAAAAGCAAGAUCAUCGCCAAAACCUUCACCGUUGAGUCCAUUCGGAAGAAGCAUUAAAGCGAGGAAAGAUAAUAGAUUGCCAUUGAGUCCAAUGAGUCCUCUACGUCCAGGAAUACGUAGACAACAAACAGGUCAUGCUUCAGACUCUGAGCUUACUUAG